ACAAUGCUCUUCUUAUCAUCGAUUCCAGUGAACAAAAAGAUAAACAUUUGACUCUUAUUAGUGUCUAACGAAAGUAAUUUAGUUUGACUGUUUCUAAAAAGGCAAUUUAAAAAAAUGAAGUCUGAGGAGAAGUUUAUUGAAGAAAAGAUUGGAAAACGUUUGGAUUCCUGUAUUUCAGAUACGUUAAUUAAAGGAUGUGGAGGGCUUCUUAUUGGAUCUGCGAUGUCUCUAUUAUUUUUUAAGCGACGUGCGUGGCCUGCAUGGCUUGGCGCUGGGUUUGGCAUCGGUGUUGCGUACAGGACUUGUGAGAAGGAUAUAAAUGUUUUGAAGUGAUGAACAAAAUAAAUAAAUAAACAAACACAAAUUGUUGCGAUAAAA